AUGAACCCCAAUCCCGUUUAUCUUAGCCAGUCCAUUUACAAGGGCUCGUUUCCGCAGAUACGAGUUACAAUCAUCGAGAAUACAUCGUUCAACGUGGACACAUUAGGCUCCGUCUUCCCCAUCCAUUCCUCACAUUUCGUCGGAAUGGCUGGCGAAUACGGGACUCAUCAACGGCUCGUGACUCUGGCCUUAGCGACCCAUGAUCACGUACUUGUCGUCAAGAUGGGCUCAGGCGGCCGUCAAAAAGGCAAGAAAGGGAAAACACCGACCAGCCGCUCCGGCGCUCUACAGGCUGCACUGUGUCGGCCAGAUUGGCGCAAGGUUGGGAUUGCCAUGGAUCGCAUCGCAACUUCUCUUUUCAUGGACCAUCAUAUCCGCAUGACUGGCGGGGUAGAUCUAGAAUCGAUGCCGACGCUACAAAUCGAAGAAAAGUCACACCGCGGCUGCUGGGGAGCUAUCGUGACCGUGCUCGGCGGCCAGGAAGUCGUGAACAGCGAUAUCGUCAGGAGACUCUUCUCGAAUGGUAGCUCCUCCAAAAUGUCCCCCAUGGACGUAGUUAUGAGAGCAUGGGCCUCGCUACAGGCCGCCACGCGAUCCGAACUAGUAGAUUUGGUACCUACUGCACGCGUUAUAGAUACAUUGACCAUGAAUACUCAGGAUCUCCGCAUACUCUGCAAGCUGCGACGCGAUUCUGACAUGCUCCAUGCCCUGAAGCCGACGGUCGUCAAGAACGACGUGGCGAAAGCGUUCGUGUCCGACAAGGAUGGCAAACUCAACCUGCGCUGUGAGCGCUACAGCACGAAGAUCCGGAUGUCGACUUCGCAGGGCCCUCCGGGGAGCGGGAAGACGACAGUCAUUGCAGCGACUGUCAUGAGUAUGAUGGCCUCGCAGUCCGACUCGAAGUCGAUCUGGCUGGUCGCCCAGUCCAACGUUGCGGUCAAGAACAUCGCUGAGAAGUUGGGCGAUUGCGGCUUUCUGGACUUCAAGCUGAUUGUGUCGAAGGAUUUUCAUUUCGACUGGCACGAACAUCUCUACGAGACGCUGACUCGGAACGUCAUACGCGCUGACACGCUGAACGACGGAAUCGUUGGCGUCGAACGCCUUAUUCUCGGCUCGCGUGUAGUGGUCGAUGAAGCUAGUCAAAUCGAGCUUGGCGACUAUAUACCGUUUAUGCACAAGUAUUCCGAGACGCUGAGGAAGUUCCACCCUACGGAGCAGAAAACGUCACAGUUCUCCAAAGCAUUUUUGAGGUCCCUCACAUCGUAUGCCGAUGUCUCACACGGUAUCGAAGAAAGUAUGGGACACAGCUUCUGGGUAGUAGUGCACCUGGUUACCAUGCUCGCCAAGCGUGGUAACGCUUUCCGCGUCAUCACCCCUUACGAUGCACAGAGAUCCAAGCUUGAGGACGGCCUCAAGAACCACAACUUACCAUGGGAAGACAAAGUGUUCAACGUCGAUUCCUUCCAGGGUAACGAGGAAGAUACGAUCGUCAUUUCGCUCGUUCGGACGAAGAAAGUUGGAUUCUUGUCAAACAAGAGACGGACAAACGUUAUGCUAUCGCGUUGCAAGAAAAACAUGAUCAUCUGCACGAACAAGGCGUUCAUAUCGACCGAGGCCAAGGAGACGCUAGCGGGCAAGCUUGCCUGCGAAUGGGGCUCCAAGGCUUGGACGUCAGGGCAGAGCGUGAUUUCUGGCAGCUACAAGCUGCCGGCAUGA